GGUGUUGAAGUUUUGACGGCUGCUGUGUGUUCAAAUGCCAUUCUGUCUUAGCAAGAAAAGAUGUUGUAUUUAACAUAAAAGGACAACAUAAAAGUGGUUGAACUGUGUAAAUAUUAGCAUGAUUUCAAGGUCUGACAGCUAUCUGUUCAUUCUAACAACAUAUACUUGAGAACAGAAAGGUGUGUGUCGUCAAGGUUCAAGCCAAAUCAUUUAAUAGUCUCCAAAUUCAGUAUUGGACAUGGGCAAUUCCUACACAAAGCCAAAAAGAAAACAGGGGUCACCAAGUUCAGUUAUGGCAAGCUGUGAAAUUCAAAAUAAGCACGUGAUUGAAGAAUCAUGUGUAUUCUGUCCAGGAAAUCAUGAAGCUGAGAUGUGCUAUGGAGGAGAAGCUGAUCUACACAAACAUGUGGCUGACUGUAUGAAGAAUCCAGGUCACAAAGGUUUUAUACCUCUUAAAGAUUUCAACUCAAAUUGUCUCCCCUCACGUUACCAUGACGACGACCUCAUGUCUAAGACAAUCAAAACAUUGGCAGCCCUAACUGUCCAGGUAAAGACUAAAUUCACCAGUCUAGAGAGACCAGAGUUUUAUCCAGGCACUCAAGUUCCAUAUCCAUGUUAUAAUGACAGAGGAAGUCACGUGAUGAGGUUAGGGACGGGGAGGGUGUAUGGUGUGUUCAAGUUCAUAGAGAGUGAUAGAAGGGGAACUUGUCGUUGUGCCAAGUGUCAAGUCUCUGCCACACCCAGCAAAGUGUGGGGGGAGGUUUGUGUGAGGACAGCCACACACGUGGUGUUUGAUGCCAGUGAGGCGAGACAGACCAGGUGUGUUUUAGGUUUUGAUGACAAUAAAAGUCCAGUGGUCAGUCUUGAUGGCUGGGAGGUGUUGGGGGCAGACAUUGAGAGAGACUUGUGUGAGUUGAUUUAUGUGACAUGUGACUUAGAGUUGGUUGAUGAACUGUACAAGAUGUGGCGGCGCUUUAAAGAUCUAUGUCGGGAAGUAUGGGGCAAAUACAGGAGAUUUUUUGGUGUGAACAAGUUGACCGUUAUAGUGUCACAUCCUCAUGGCUGUCCUAAACAGGUCUCUGUAGGACAAUGGACACGCAAACGUGAGAGGAAUGAUAAACUGUUAAACUGGACCAGGUACUGGUACACAACAUGUACAUGUCCUGGCUCCAGUGGAGCGCCUAUCUACAAGCUGGGAUAUGACAGGUGGUAUCUCCAUCCCCACAGUGGAUCAAACUCUGAAGGAAAUUAUAGUGGGGAGUAUAUGGACUGA